UAUACCCUAUAUUCACCGAUGUAAUCAAACUUCCGAAUUUAACAGAGCUACGUCAUGAAAUUGAAGUUUGGAAGAAAGCUUGUAAGUCUCUACCGGGCUACUCUAGAGAUGAAAACACUGUCCGUGCCAUUUUAAGAAAAAAGGUUUAUUCUUUAGAGAACCUGCUGAAAAAAAAACUGUAUGACAUAAGACCAUCAGAGGAGAGCUAUCAAGCAAGCUUAGUGGAACUCAGUAAUAAGUAUAAGAUACGAAAUAGAUCUCUGCUGGUGAAGACUGGAAUUGUUUUAGCGUGUGUUAUAAUUCUUUUCUUUCUUCAAAGUAUACCAAAUCUAAAUCUCAGCCUGGGUUGGAUUGCCAUUUUGGGAGCGAUUGUACUGCUGAUCCUAGCCGACUUCGAUGAGAUUGAAAGCGUCAUUUCUCGUGUGGAAUGGAGCACACUCCUGUUUUUUGCUGCUCUUUUUGUUGUAAUGGAGGCUUUAGCAGAAUUACAAUUAUUGUGGUACAUCGGGCAGUUAACACAGGAUUGGAUAAGUGCUGUUGAUGAAAAUCAACGUCUCCUAGUCGCCAUUUUGCUAGUUAUAUGGGUGUCAGCCAUAGCAUCCAGUUUCAUUGACAACAUUCCAUUUACAACUGUUAUGAUCAAGAUUGUUAUAACAUUAUCAAACAACAAAGAACUCAACCUGCCUUUAACUCCUUUGGUAUAUGCCUUGGCCUUUGGAGCUUGUUUGGGUGGAAACGGAACUCUGAUUGGUGCCUCAGCCAAUGUUGUCUGCGCAGGCGUAGCUGAACAGCAUGGUUACCGAUUUACAUUUAUGGAUUUUUUUAAGAUUGGUUUUCCGGUGAUGUUGCUGACUGUUACAAUUUCUACAGGAUACUUACUUCUUUGUCACGUGGCCCUGGACUGGAAUAGUUGACCACACAAAACAACACAAACUAUGUAGAUACGUAUCUCCAUAGUUCUGUGAUUUAUUUCAACGUAAUCAAAAUUAAAAACCAUUUGGAAAGAUUUAACAACUGUUUUAAUGGAAAAUAAAAUAAAAUUUACUAGUGAGUGAUUCAUUUUUCGUAGAAGGUAAUUUAAUUAUAAAGAACAAUACGAACGCUCAUUAAAUACUUCGUAUGAUUACGUCUGUGUUGUUCUUUAUAACAUGAAGUUUCUGAAGUUACUAAUGAUAAAUCAAAUUCACAAUCGUGGAAUGAGAAGUGAUUUUAACUAUUUCUUACAAAAUUUGGAAUAAUGCUUAGAUAUUAAGUCGAGAUUAAAAUCAAUGUGUAAACUUUGUAAGUUUAGAUUCCAAUUUAUAGUGUAUAUUUGUAUCUUUGUUAAAUAAACUAAAGUACGUUCAAAGUACUGACACUGUUAUUUGAA